AUGUAUGAGCUUGAGAGAUACUGGAUCGCCCAUGGGGCCAUGGUAUUUCUUGGAGCAUGGAUCCCCUCUGUCGUUCUAUUCUUCUGCAGUUUCUGCCUCGUCCGCCGCAAGAGGGAUCCCGCGAGAACUGCAUUCACAUAUCUCAAGUUGGCACUCUUAGUGUUCUCAGGCUAUACCUUCUUCGAGUUCGCCUCAUACGUCGUCUCAGUCGUGCACACGCGAUUAUACUACAGUGGAAGAAUCGACAGUGAAUUCGACUCGCACUACUCAAAGACUCUACAAGUUACCGUGCAAGUCCUCGCUACUCUUGCGCUUAUUUACGAUUUGGUCACCGAUAUUCUCGUCAUGAUAAUCCUCCUACGUCUCGGCACUGGUAUCAUCAUGGUCCAGACAGGCCAACGCGAUCCAAAGGGCAAGAUUUUCCGCUUCGGUUCAUACAUCGCAGCAACUAUCCUCUUCGCUCUCGCCUUGGCUGCCUUCGGUCUUCGGAUUCGAUAUGUGUAUGAAGUCUUCUUCAACGAUGCUAGUGUUGGUGUGGAUAGUUACACCAAGUCUCGACAGAUCGGCUUUGCGUUUAGUGUUUUGGUCUUUGUCAUUUCUCUUGCUAUCGUUACGCGAGCUAUUAUGAUCAGGGUGCAAUCUAAGGGGGACAAUGCUCUUACUUGGUGCUCAAACAUGUUCAUCGCUGCAUCAGUUGUUUGGCUUCUGCGCACAACGUUCAACAUGGCGUCGACGGCUGCUUGGACCGAUCUGAGCAGUGCAUAUGGCGACCGUGAGUACAAGUACGCUUACUACAUACUCGAUGUCGUCUUUGGAAUCUGGCCGCAGUUCGUUGUACUGUGCUUGGUGUUCUUUAUCGGUCGUGCAAAGAACAAUGGUAUUUGGUCAAAGCAGGACCAGGAGCCCGUGAAGGGCGUUGAGGCUGGAGAGCGCACGGCCUGGGGUUAUGGACAAGUCCCUCCCCAGGCACAGAAUGCUGCACCUAUGCCUGAGCAGCAGUACUACCCUCAGCCGGAACAGCAGCAUCUGGCUCAGGGGUAUGGUCCUCAGCAACCCGUGCCCCAGCAGCAAAACGGUUACUAUGCACCCCAGCAACCUCAGUACGCGGCUUAUGAUGCUAUAUCUCCCGUGUCUCAGCCCAGAUCACCACCUCCUCACGAGGAGACGGUGGGCUUGAACCACCAGGCUGAUGGUACUCCUCCCCAGGUACCAGCUCAGCCAUACCCGGAGAAGCAUUAG